AUGAUCAUCGGGCACCUGUUCGCCGCCAUCCUGUUCACUGCAAUCUGCGACGGAAACGUGGACAAUGCUGGUUGCCCGAAAGUGGGUGGGUGGUUCAUCUGCAUCGGUACAGCCUUCUUCGUCUUCAACUUCGCCAUCUCGUGGGGACCUGUGUGCUGGAUCUACCCGGCCGAGAUUUUCCCGCUCAACGUCCGUGCUUCGGCUGUGGCUUUGUCGACGGCUGCCAACUGGGCUAUGGGCGCUGUCAUGACGGAGGUCGUGAAGCUUUUCCCGUCGCUCAACAUCAACGGCGUGUUUUUCCUCUUCGCGGGUCUGUGUCUGAUCUGUCUGGUCUUCGUCUACUUCUUCUGCCCGGAGACAAAGGGCAUUUUACUGGAAGACAUUGAGGUUCUUUUCCACAAGAGAAAGGCGGCCCAGUCGCCGAACUUUGUCGAGGUGAAGUCGCCGGUCAGCUUGGCCUAG